AAUUGCGUUCUUUUAUCAUUAGUAGAAAGACUAAUUGAGUAUAUUUCGUAUAAAGUGAAACGCGUGAAGGGGUGGGUGUAGCGUAUCUUUAGUUCUGCUUUUCUAAGUUUCAACGCGCUACUUUUCCGAUACUUCCUCUCAACUCUAAUUCAUAGAGCUGGUUAUAUGCACAAUUGUGUGGUUGUAAAAUUUUAAUCAAAACUUGUUUUGCUUUGUGAGACUGUACUAGUAGCGGAGAGAAGAGAAUUAAGAGUAUGAUGAUGCGAUCGUGUUGUCGACCAUUAGAGAGGUGUUUUGGGAGAAGAAACGGAGAUGGGCUUUUAUGGCAUAUGGAUUUAAAGCCACAUGCUUCUGGUGAUUUCUCAAUUGCUGUAGUUCAAGCGAAUUCUUCACUUGAAGACCAAAGCCAAGUUUUCACUUCUCCUUCUGCUACUUAUGUUGGUGUUUAUGAUGGCCAUGGUGGUCCUGAAGCCUCCCGUUUUGUCAAUAGACACCUCUUCUCUUAUUUGCAUAAAUUUUCGAAAGAGCAAGGGGGUUUGUCAUCAGAUGUGAUAAAGAGGGCCUUUAAUGCUACAGAAGAGGAUUUUAUUCAAUUGGUGAAGAGAUCAUUGCUUGUAAUGCCACAGAUUGCUUCAGUUGGAUCAUGUUGUUUGGUUGGUGCAAUUUCUGAGGGUGAAUUGUACGUGGCUAAUUUAGGGGAUUCGAGGGCAGUUCUUGGACGCAGAGGUUUUGAAGGGGAGACGAAUUCUGUGGUUGCAGAAAGGUUGUCGACUGAUCAUAAUGUUUCAUGUGAAAAAGUGAGAAAAGAAGUUGAAUCACUUCAUCCUGAUGAUCAAGCUGUUGUGGUUUACAAUCGAGGUGUUUGGAGAAUUAAAGGCAUAAUUCAGGUCUCAAGAUCUAUUGGAGAUGCCUAUUUGAAGAAACCUGAAUUUAACAGGGAUCCUAUAUCCCAACGAUAUGGAAAUCUUGUACCUCUGAAACGGCCUGUACUAACAGCUGAGCCUUCUAUUGUUACACGAAGUAUUAGGCCUCAUGACUUAUUCCUGAUAUUUGCUUCUGAUGGCCUCUGGGAACACUUAACUGAUCAAGUAGCUGUGGAAAUAGUCUCUAAAAACUCAAGAGCUGGAAUAGCUAAGAGACUGGUGCGAGCAGCGAUUCAGGAGGCUGCUAAGAAGAGGGAGAUGAGGUACAAGGACAUACAGAAGAUAGAAAAGGGGAUUAGGCGCCAUUUCCACGAUGAUAUAACAGUUAUUGUGAUCUAUCUUGAUCACCAAAGAGAAUCUUUCCACUCCAAAGGCACUCUUGGCUCUAUCACCGCACCAGUAGACGUAUUCUCAUAUAAUUCAGAAGAUGCUGAGGAGAACCAAGUGAUUGGAGUUUUUUAAACAGCCAAAAGAGGAACAGUGAUCUAAACAAGAGCGUCGUAUAUUCAGUAUAUAAUGAGCCUUGUAUAGAGAAACAGUGAUCUAAACAACACAUUACAUGGAGAGUUACAGGUUUGAUGUAGAUAAACCGGAGUUAUGGGUGGCUGAUUGAAUGAGGCUGAGAGCACAAGUUCAGUUUAGCAUCUGACCAAACCCAUUGUUUUUAUCGUUUCAGAGAGAUUGUGCGUUGAGAUAAAUAGUGUAAAAGGAUGCCAGUGAUUUUGAGCUGACUGCUUUCCGUUAAUUCUAUCUUUGUUGCUUGCAUUACCUAUUGUUUCUAGGUAUAAGGGGAGUUCCCUCUCAAAAUUCCAGGUUUUGUUAUAUAUUGCUGGGCAAAAAGUUGAAUAAUCUGAGAUCAGAUGGCCUUCCUUUCAGAUU